UUUCGGCACGCAGCUCACCACGUCGUUGUUUGCAUAGAGGGAAAAUUAGCAGAGAUCAAUUAGUAGAAAACUAAAAGUUCACCAGCGUUUCUUGUUUGAAAGAACUGACGAGCCAGGUUGUCAUCCGUCUUCCGGUUGUGUAAAUUCUUGACUCGGUGAGAACUGGUAGAAGAAUUAUUUGUCUGCUGUGAAGAGUGGCACGUGAACUGGUGGCUGAGAUUGGAGUGGACAUUUGGAGUUAUCCAUCUGCUAUUUCCACUGACAUGCAAUUGAGGCAGAGAUUCAAAGGCUUGACUUGAGCAGUGCGAACGCCUUUUGUAGCAGCAUUGAAGACCAGUCAGUUGUUGCCGGUCCGUAGAGGAUGGGGCUGGGAAGACGCAGCCGGGAAGUUGCCCUGUGUGGGCUAACACCAGUCGUUUUCGUCUGCCUUCUUGUGGCAUUGUCGUGUGUGCAGACCAGAGCACAAACGCAACCUCAGCCCGUUCCGCAUUGGAACUGCGGAGGCAACGGCCGUACCAGAACAGCGCUGAGUAUUGUGUUUCCUACUUCCGUUUUUGCCCAAGAGGCCAGCAAUAUCUGCAUGAGCGCAGGCAAGAGCAUUCCAGCCAGCAAUAUGACCACAGAGGAGCUGCAGUGCUUGAGCAAUUAUCUGGACCACAUAUACGCGCCGAGUAUGGGUCAGACAUGGGUAAAAAACGAAAGUAGUGGGUUUGACUGCUAUCCUAAUCCGCUAGGUCAGCCGUGUCCGGCCAAGCUCAAGUUUGUCUGCUGGGAAACAGCCACAGAUGACGGCAGUCAGAGAACUUGUCCGCUGAUAGAUGCUCCGAGAAACAGCUUUGUCGAAUAUCCGACAGGACGCGAGCUUCGCAGCUAUGCUCUGUCACGCUGUCUUCCUGACUUUACAUUCGCAAGCACGCAGAACACUCAGUAUCAAUGUAUCAACAUGAGCUCUGGGGAGAAUCCAUCGACUGUCUUUGCCUGGCAUCCGGCACCAGAACCCCCCGCCUGUGUUCGCCUUCUCCGUUGCCCGUUGCCGUUGGUGAUCCCGAACGCCACCGUACUCGCCUUGCCCGGCUCUGCCACACCGGGCUACACGGCCAUUGUCGUCUGCUCGCCGGGGUUUGCGCGGAGUGGCGCCCGCACUCUCACCUGCUCCGGCCAGGGCACCUGGCCUACACCACUCACGACGUGCACAAAAGUUCCGUCUCCGGUGCAAUGUCCCAGCAUUCCAGCCAUCCGCAAUGGUUAUGUCCAGGGCAACAUCAACGGACCCAUUGCAGCCAACACACGCUGGUCGGUGUUCUGUGAAAGUGAAUUCACCUUGUCGGGCAAUUCCACUCUACACUGUGACCAGAGGGGGGUUUGGCAGCUGCCUUAUCCUCAAUGCAUGGAAAAAGUGGUCUCAAGCUUCGACUUGGUGGAAUGGCUGAAGAAUGAAACUAGCCUUGUGGCGGUGAUCAUCAUCAUCAUCCUGGUCCUGCUCUGCUUCGUUGUCACUACCGGCAUGGUGCUGGUGUGGAAGAAGCGGCGCGGAGAGUUCGACCUGCGCAAGCCGUUCCACGACACCGGCUCCGUUCACGACACCAACGCCACUGGCGAGAGCAGCCGCCUGACGUCGACCAAGGCAACGCCUCCACCCACGCCGUCCGGGGGUAGCGGAAUGUGGCGGCCCAAUGGGGACUCCAGCAUGCGGGAACCCCGCGGCUCCAAUACCUCACUUCUCCAGUCAAAGUCCACGAGGCGGCCGAACGUGGCCGGCCGGCCGUCCAUCGGCAACGCUUCGAUAAUCUCCAACGGCGCCGCACGUCCCAGCGUCAUGUCCGAGACGAUGUUAACGCCCUCGCCGGCCAGUGUGGGGCCGGCGUUUCACGAGCCCGGAGGCAGCGUUUCUCCUCUGCUGCAGCAGCAGCAGGAGCCGCAGCAGCAGCCGCAGCUGAACGAGCGCAUCCAGACGCACUCGUUUGGCGUUCCCUACGCUCAACAGCAGCAGGAGGCUGCAAAGGCGGAUAUUCCGUCGAGCAUGCGCCGUCGAUCCGGUCCCGUCGAUCACGCCCACCUCUGCAGCACUACAAGUGCCGGCGCCGAACCCGACCCGUUCUUCACCAGCAAACACCGGCGUGCCAAGUCCAACCCUAACAUGGCGCACAUGUACCCGCGCCGCAACAUCACCAAUAACCUCCCGCAGGAGCCGGUGAGCAGCGCGAACACCAGCGAGGACACCGACCAGACGUACGACGUCUACUCGAUCAGCAACCUCCUCAGUCCCAAUCCGUCCAUGACCAACAUGGAGUGCGUGACGCCGCCUUCAACACAGGUGGCACCGCCGACAGGUGGCCCCAGGCGCAACACCAACGCCUCGCAGCACUCGCGGGCGUCCCGCACCACGUCGACCAGCUCCGGCGACCAGUCCGUGUACGACUUCUAUGGCGGCGGAGAGAGCUUUCAGUCCAGCUCUGUACUGUGCAAAGACACAUGAUGAUCGCCAUUGUGAUCCGCUCACUAUUCCAAUAGCAACUGCCACAGCAUAAGCAGGACCAGCAGUGUGUGUGUGUGUGCGUGCGUGCGUGUGCAUGUGUGUGUGUGUGUGUGUGUGUGUGUGUGUGUGUGUGUGUGUGUGUGUGUGUGUGUGUGUGUGUGUGUGUGUGUGUGUGUGUGUGUGUGUAUUGGAACUUAGCGCAAACAGGUCCGGCUUGCACGGCUUGAACAAACUCUGAUCAUAAUGCCGUUGAAGUGUAGCUUGUACGGCUUGUACGGACUCUGAUAGUACUGUCGUUGUUGUUGACCUGAGCGUGCUGCUGUUCUGGCACUCGUGGGCAUCUGGCUCAACCUGCUCAUACUCUGCACCUCUGUGUGCCGAGGUACGUCUGGACUGUUUCUCCCAGGAAGCAUGUCCGUGUGUUGCGUUGUCCACGGCUGCUGGUAUUGCCGUUGUCAGUGUCUCCGUAUGUUUCGGCAUGUACGCUGUGUGCAAGACUCGGUGUGUGUGUGUGUGUGUGUGUGUGUGUGUGUGUGUGUGUGUGUGUGUGUGUGUGUGUGUGUGUGUACGCAUGUGUGCGUGUGUGAGCGUGCGCGUGUCCGAGACUGAGCACAACCGUAGCUGCCCUAUGUUUCGCCGCAUGUAAGCAAAGAAAAUAUCAUUUUUAUAGCAACAUGCUGUUGGUCGUGAUCGCACACCACAGUGCGCAGCCGGGAGCACUCCAGAAUGUGCCGUCCUGUUUUCUAACCUAUACUAGUAACCUUUUUAACAACAUUAGCCGCGCGUUGUUACACCUUCUGUCAGCCUGCCGAACUAUAGCUUUCUUUCU